UUUCUCCGGGCGCUCCAGGAGCUGACCGAGAGGGCCGCCGCCCAGCAGCAGACGCCGACUCGGCCGGCCGACCCGCAGUCUCCGCGGUGCGUGAGUGAGCCCGGGCCUGGUCCCCUCUCCCGCCGCCGCCAUGGGCUGCACGCUGAGCGCCGAGGACAAGGCGGCGGUGGAGCGGAGCAAGAUGAUCGACCGCAACUUGCGUGAGGACGGGGAGAAAGCGGCGAAAGAAGUGAAGCUGCUGCUCCUCGGUGCUGGAGAAUCUGGUAAAAGCACCAUUGUGAAACAGAUGAAAAUCAUUCAUGAGGACGGCUAUUCGGAGGAAGAAUGCAAACAGUAUAGAGUAGUUGUCUACAGCAACACGAUACAGUCCAUUAUCGCCAUCAUACGGGCCAUGGGACGGCUGAAGAUUGACUUUGGGGAAGCAGCCAGAGCAGAUGAUGCCCGGCAGUUAUUUGUCUUAGCUGGCAGUGCCGAGGAAGGAGUCAUGACCCCAGAACUGGCAGGAGUGAUUAGACGGCUGUGGCGAGAUGGUGGCGUGCAGGCUUGCUUCUGCAGAUCCAGGGAGUACCAGCUCAACGAUUCUGCCUCAUAUUACCUAAAUGAUUUGGAAAGAAUAUCCCAAGCCAACUACAUUCCAACUCAGCAAGAUGUCCUGCGGACAAGAGUGAAGACCACAGGCAUUGUGGAAACGCAUUUCACCUUCAAAGAACUGUACUUCAAGAUGUUUGAUGUAGGCGGCCAAAGAUCAGAACGAAAAAAGUGGAUUCACUGUUUUGAAGGAGUGACAGCAAUCAUCUUCUGUGUGGCCCUCAGUGACUAUGACCUUGUUCUGGCUGAGGAUGAGGAGAUGAACCGAAUGCAUGAAAGCAUGAAACUGUUUGACAGCAUUUGUAACAACAAAUGGUUUACAGACACUUCAAUCAUUCUCUUCCUCAACAAGAAAGAUCUUUUUGAGGAAAAAAUAAAGAGGAGUCCAUUAACUAUCUGUUAUCCAGAAUACACGGGUUCCAACACGUACGAAGAGGCAGCUGCUUACAUCCAGUGCCAGUUUGAAGACCUGAACAGAAGGAAGGACACCAAGGAGAUCUACACCCACUUCACCUGUGCCACCGACACCAAGAACGUGCAGUUUGUUUUUGACGCUGUCACGGAUGUCAUCAUUAAGCACAACUUGAAGGAGUGUGGGCUUUACUGAAGCGAGUGGGCGUGGAACCAAAGUUAUUACAUGUGGAGUAUUGAGACCAGACCUCUCCUGCUGUCUCCUUGGCAGCAGCGAGCAUGACCGGGACCAGGGAAGGCGGCAGCACGCAGAACUCUAGCGCUCUUUAGCACAAUCUUCUGUAGUAGGGACUCUUAAUUGACACGAGAUGCUCAAGUCAAACAUGGAAUUGGACAGCCGUAAAGUAUGAAUCAAGACAUCACUUGGAUUUCAAAAGCUCAGAUGUUAGAGCAGAUGUGAAGUUGAGGUGCUGCAUUCCAGAACUUCAAUAUGUAGCUUUUUUUUUCCUUGUUAACAGACCAUCAGUUUAUUUUUUAAGGUUUUUCCCCCCCAUCAAGAAUACAAAAUUUUAUUUGUUUGCAAAAGAAUCUUUAUUAAAACACACACAGUCUUAACUAUGCACAAGAUAUGAGCAGAUCAUCUUGAAAAUAUUCCUCUUAGUAGGAACUGCUUGUUUUUUAACUCUUGGUAUGGUCAGAAUAUAAUAUUUCUGUAAUUGUGUAAUUCUUCAGUUAUCGGGACUAUAACUACAGCUUUUUUGGAUGAAAUGUGUGUUACUAUUCUGUUGAAAAUACCAUAAUGAUUUCUAAAUGGUAAUUACAGUGGAGAGUUCUGUCUAGCUCUUUUUUUUUUUUUUAAGCUUAGGGUGAGGGUUUACCGGGUUUAUGCUGAUUACCAAAUUACUAAAUAAAUGCUUCUGUAGUAUGAUAAAGUCAACUUCUUGGAUACAGACAUACCCAGGGUAGCUGCCAAUCAAAUGCAAAUUGCUAAAUUUUAUCUGUUUUUUUUUUUAAUUGCUAAAUUUUAAACAGAACCAGUGACUUUGCUGCUGCGUCCCUACUAAAUUGACCGCUCUGAUCCUUGCUUGUCUGUCUCGGUCAAAGGGAGUUUUGUCAACGAUGCCCCUUGUUUUUCAUCUCCUGUGGCCUUUUUUUCUGUUGGGAAACAUCUAAAGUGUAUGAACAGUGCAUGCUUUUACUUUGUAAAUGUGGUGCCAAAGCCGUUUACCAUUGUUUUUAUUGUAGCAAUGUUAAUUGUAAUAAUCCUUAGGACGUUCUUUUGCCGAAACCAUUGCAGUUGGGGACCUUUUUCCACGUUGUCAUGUGUACAGAUUUUAAUCUGUUACAGUGGCAGCAGUAUUAAAAUGAUGAGUAAAGAGUC